AUGUGUCCACCAAUCAAUUUGCAAAAUGUCCGCAUACUCAGCUUUAACAUAAACAAAGCGGAGUGUGGUCUUGAACCAUCUUCAUUUUUUGCUCCGAAGUCCGGCUAUUUAUUUCAUUCAGCCAUGGUUAAAUUUCAUUCGCUAAAAAAGUAUUUCUGUAAAUUUCUAGCAUUUAACGACCAACCGGAGAUGCUGCACUGUCCAACGACAAUCUGCAUCACUGUUCACCUUGUUAAGCUAUUUGCCUUCCGAAGACACCAUUUGAAACUAGGAAUGCUUCUGCUAAUGAUCAAACAACCCUUUUUGCAGGCAGUGACCCUUAAAAUGCCUUCAUUUAGACAUAAAUAUGGAAGUUCAAAUAAACCAUAUUUCUUUCUCCAAGGAACCAAAAAUGGAGGCAGAAUAGAAUUAGCGACGAUCCUAGUGUUUUAUAAUUACACUCUUGUCUCCAUACCUAUUUAUACAUUUACACCUACUCACUCACUUUAUCUCUCCUGUGUUAAUUAUGUUCACUUCUGUCCCAUCCGUCAGGUAAGCUUAAAUAUCACAAACAAAAUUGCGAAGACUUCAAAACUGGACUGCUUAAAAUAUACGAUGACUAAUGGCGUCAAUUGUGUUGAAGAAAUGCCUGUUAACAUGGACUAUAGACAGUGCUCCGACUGCUGUGAGAUGGGACUUUUUAAAGCUGCUGCAAUUAAUGCAGGUUUGGUAAAACCCACUUACGUCAAUGAUGACCUAAGGCCACCAGUAACUAAUACUUCGAGACAUCUAAUAUCAUCUUUUUUCCCACGCGGUUCAAUUGUUCGUAAAACUCUAGAAGAUUUGUUUGGCUCACUAGUUCAGAAUGUGCCUGUCAUACCCAUUGGACAAAUAUGCUCUACUAGGCCACUCCUCUCAUUUUUAAAGCCAAGAGAGUGUAAGGAAUCACUUUUGCUGCAGAGCCGCGUCAAUAUCCUAUUUCAGAGUUCUACGCAUUUCCCGCUCAAAAAUAUGGCAUUAGAUGCACUGCAGCAUCAUCUGGUUGUAGAAGUCCAUGGCAAGCGUUUUGUCUUAAAAGCAAACGGAAAUAGAGCACUGUCUACUUACUUGCCUGCCUCACUUUUGUCUCUGAACUUUUCAUUAUAUUUUGCACAAAUUUAUUCCGAUGGUAAAGCUUCUACUCUUGCGCAUUUAAUGCUAAAUUAUUUUAUGCAUAAAAAAAUAAUCCAACAGGUAACUAAAAAAAUAAGCCUCUUCGCUAAUGUCAAAAUAAUAACUACUGGAAUAAAUAGGUCUUCACUCAUGCUAAAGCUUUUUUGGUGUAUUAUUAGAUUAUUUGUAACGUGUAUUGAAUUGUGCUGA